UGGGAAUUUACACAAUUUUCUUUCAUGUUAAAAAAUGUCCCAAGUAAGCCGCUUGCUUGAGAGAGGGAGAAGCCAUGUUCAGGCUCAGAGCUCCAAAUCUUCCUUCCAGCUCCCAGCUUUUGGUUUCCACUAGCAGAUUCUCAAUGCUCUCCUGCAGAGCUUUCUCUUCCUUUGGUUCUUCAAACCCAUCCCCUACCUCCCUUAUCAGACGCAUCUCCUCUAAAACCCUACACAAUCCAUUUUCAUUAAUCUCUCCCCGUUUCCCCUUCUCCGGCCGAGCGCCUUCGAUGGAGAGCAAUCCAAGGUCUCAAGGCAAAGUCAUGUUUAGUGCUGGUAGUAGUGUAGGACAGAAUAAGGAGAUUCUGGUCCAACAUUUACUUGUUGGAGAGAACGAUCUUAAGCUUUUGUUGGAGCUACAACAACGGAUUGCUCGAGGUGAGGAUUUGAGUGAUUUGGCUGUGGAAUAUUCAAUUUGCCCUUCAAAAGAUAAUGGUGGGAUGCUUGGUUGGGUUCGCAGAGGGCAAUUGGUGCCGGAGUUUGAAAAAGCAGCCUUCGAUGCAUCUUUGAAUAAAGUUGUGCGAUGUAAAACUGAAUUUGGGUGGCACCUUUUGGAAGUGCUCUCUGAGAGGGAAGAAUCUAUGCUGGGAGAUAUUGAACCGGUGGAUCUCCAUUCGAAAAUGCAAGAUCCCAAAUUUAUUCACGAAGCUCAAUUGAUCGAUGUCCGCGAACACGAGGAAGUAGCUCAAGCUUCUCUGCCAGGCUUCAAGGUUCUACCUCUUCGUCAGUUUGGAACAUGGGGAUCUGUCAUAACUGAUGAGUUUGAUCCAGAAAAGGAUACGUAUGUGAUGUGUCACCAUGGCGCCAGAUCCUUGCAGGUUGCGAAGUGGUUGCAGACACAGGGAUUCAAGCGGGUGUUUAACGUGUCAGGUGGAAUUCAUGCAUAUGCUCUGAAGGCUGAUCCCUCUGUGCCUACAUACUGAACAAACACUCUUCUGUCUCCUCCUCAAUAGGCUGUGUUUCUUCUCAUGCGUGAAACAUGCUCCUAAUCUUUAAUAUAAGUCUUAUUUUUGAAAA